AUGACUCCACAAAGGAGAAUAUCUGCAAUCAGCUCUACAACCAAGAUUAUAACAGCAUUACGUUUCUUUGCGAGGGGAUCAUAUCAAAUGGAUAUUGGAAAAAACAUAUACAUGGAUGUUAGUCAACCAAUGGUUUCUCGCAGUAUCCAUGAAGUAAUUGAUAUUAUAACAAAAGAAGAGAUUAUGAACCAGUGGAUAAAGUUCCCUUCUACAUUAGCAGAAAUGAAUGAACUACGAACAGAAUUCUAUAGAAGAUAUGAAUUUCCGGGUACUAUAGGUUGCAUAGAUUGCACCCAUAUAGCUAUUUUUCCUCCAGCAGAAAACAAUAAUCUUUAUCCAGAACACAUUUAUGUCAAUAGAAAAGGGUAUCACUCCAUAGAUACUCAAUUGAUCUAUGACUGGCGACUAAAAAUCUUAAAUGUAAAUGCACGUUUUCCCGGAAGCACUCACGACACAUACAUUUGGAAUAAUAGUAACGUAAAAAAUGCAAUGGUUCACUUUUAUAGACGAUAUCCAAACAAUAAUUACCAUUUACUUGGUGAUUCAGGAUAUUCUUUACGACCCUGGAUGAUGACUCCUAUAUUAGGUGCAGCAGAAAAUAGCCCAGAAGCUUUGUAUAAUGUAAAGCAAAUGAGAUGCCGUUCACUAGUAGAACAAUGCAACGGGUUACUCAAAAUGCGAUUUAGAUGCCUGCUAAAACAUAGGGUACUGCAUUAUUCUCCACUAAUAGCUUCGAAAAUUAUAAACAUAUGUGCGGUAUUACACAACAUAUGUAUAAGCGAAAAUGUGCCACUGCCAUUGGAGAUGGAUGGUGAUAAUGAUGAUGAUGAAUUGACAGAGAUCUAG